GUCGUCACUAGUCAUAGUUAAUAAAUAAUGAAUUAUUGCAUGGAAAUAGACAGUAUCAGUUGUUACUUAAAUAUAAAAUCAAGAUGAGGUGAACUUUGUUAUCUGAAAUCAUGAUAAAUUUAUUUAUUCAGUUAUUUACACAAACAAGAAAAGAAUAGCUAAGAUUUGCCUUGUUCCUUGAAACAUAUAACAGUUUAUAUAAAUGUGCAUCACCGUAUAAAAAUGAUUACAGACCUUUUUUUUACGAUAUGCAAACUUUAUAAAGAAAAGCCGUAGAAUAAAUCAUAAAUUAUUUCUUCAUGAUUUCCUGUGAAAUACGCAAGAUUUUUCCAUUGUUACUUGGAAUUGUAACAGGAAUUAUUGUUAUAUCACUGAAAUCUGAGCAUGAUACCAAAAUUACACUUUGUUCAAUUAGUGGAAUUGAUAAAAGACGACUUAACCCAAAAAUAAAAGCGGUGAGAAAUAUUAAAGAAGAAAAUAAUAAUUCAAGAGGGGAAAUUAAACAAACUUAUUUGAUAAACAUAGAACAAGCUAAGAAACUACACACUUCUGUUCGUUUAUUGUGCUACAUCAAUACAAUACCUAAAACGCAUAAAACUAAAGCUAUGCAUGUGAAAAAUAGUUGGGCAAAACGGUGUACAAAAUACUUAUUUAUGAGUAGUAAAAGCGAUGAUGAACUACCAACUGUUAAGUUAAAUCUAAGCUAUCCGGAAAGUCGUAAACACUUAUGGAGUAAAAUGCGAGCUAUUCUUCGUUAUGUUUAUCAAUAUCGAAACGACUAUGACUACUUCCUUAAAGCAGACGAUGAUACUUUUGUAGUGAUAGAGAACUUGCGAUCUGUUCUCAGUCGACAAAAUCCGAAUGAUCCAUUUAUGAUGGGUUAUAAUUUUCCAUAUAUUACAAAAAAUGGAUAUUUCUCUGGAGGUGCAGGUUAUGUUCUGUCAAGAGAAGCACUGAAGCGUAUAGUUGAACAAGCCAUUGAUAAACAUCCAAAUUGUCCAAAGUAUGAUGAAGAUAAAGAGGAUGUAAAAAUGAGUAUGUGCGGUCAACCAGUUGGUGUGAAAUUGUAUCAUAUGAGAGAAAAGGAAUCAUUAUCUUUUCAAUGGCGUAACCUGGAAAGUGAAUAUCUUAGUUUAGUUCAACCAGAAAAACACUCCAAAGAUUCAAAAAAUACUACAACUACACCAGCAACUUACGAUUAUCUUCAUGAUCCAGGUGAUUUACUCAGUGAUCAUUUAAUUAGUCUUCAUUAUAUUCGACCACUCUACAUGUAUUUACUUGAAUUUAUGCUGUACCACCUAAGACCAAUUCAACAGAUGGAGUAUUUAAAUUUAAAAGAACAUGAAUGA